CGGAUCAUCACAAUGAGCUGGAUGUAUGUCUUCAUACCCAUCGUCUGGGGGGCUGUUGUGUCCUCUUACACAGUGGAGCUGACCGUGAGACCAGGAGAAAACGUUGCUCUGCAAUGUGACUGUAAACUCUCAACUGGUGAAACUUUAAAGUGGUUCAGGAACUGUUCUCAUGAGAAUCAGCCCCCACGUGUUGUGAGCUGGGAUGUACACAAUAUAGACAAUUCGUACAAGGAUCUGAAUAUGAUGUGGAACGAUUCUUCAAAAUCAUACAUUUUAGUGAUUAGGAACAUCACUGAUUCUCACCUUGGUCUCUACUACUGUGGAACUGAAAAAUGGGUUGUGAUAGAUGGAAACAAGAUAGUUCCAAAAUAUAUCCGCAGAUAUGGAAAUGUGACCACAAGGAUAUCAUUUGGUAAGCCUAUAGAUGCCGGGGCUGGAGACCCUGCUGCUGCAGACUGUGGACGGUGCUGGACGCUGCUGGUCACCCUGUGCCCGUCCUCUGCUCUCCUCUCUUUGUUCCUCUACUUCCUCUGCAGUCACAUGGUUCGUGCCGGAAAACACCCUGGCGUUUCUCAGGAAGCCAGACCUUUAACACUGCAACAUGAGGAUGAAAACUACAGCCGUGUGUUUUAUGCUGUGUUGGAAACUCCACAGCACAAAGGAUCUCACAGCUUCUCCGCCCGCAGUGCGAGUGGGCUUUGAGAGGUGGAUCGGUUAGGGUUCUUCUCACCACAAUACACACAGCCCAACGCACCCACAUAGACUCACUCCCACCAAAACAUAUACAGUCGCACACACAAACGCAUGUUUGCAUUGAAAUUCCCUAUUUUGACACCUUUAAAAAAGGUACAAUAUGUUGCACAAAAAAACAUUGAAAUAUGCAUGUGUAUAUAAUUUUCUGCCAAAAAGUAACCAGUCUGUGUUGAUCAAAUAUGAAUAAAUAUAUAAAAAACAAUACCUAAUUUGAGUCAGUAAAAUAAAUAUUUGAGGUCCUAUUUGUUAAUGUAAGACUAAAACUCGAAAUCACUGUGGGAUAGAUUACAUGCCAAUAAGCAAUAUUAGGCAACAUUUGACAUUUCUCCUGCUGCCUUGGAUCUACGAUGAAGAAAUCUGAAGCCUUUGCAGGAUUGUGUUAUGAGACACUGUCUGAAUACAACAGUUUCAGUACAGCUAUGGAUGGUUCUCACGUGUAGGAAGUUAAAAGCACAACGACUAGGAAGUUAAGGAGUGGAAAACU